AGCGCGCGUGGAUUUUGUCUCUCGUGGUUUCCGUCUUCCUUUCCCAAUUGCUUCCACGACGACGGAGGAGAAGAAAACCCAGAAACCUUAAAGAUAUCAGAGAAAGGGACGAUCUUUUUUCUUCCGAUCGUAUCGAUUUCUGAAUGAGAUAAGAAUCUAUCUUCGAUUACUAAGCUUCGCUUUGAUAUUCUUAUCUCUCUGCGCCAUGGAUGAGUCAUUUGCUAAUCUACAGACGAGCCAUUUGCUAGGUUCAGUUCCCGCUGUGAUCAGCGACGACAAGAAAAGCACCAAUGUACCUAUAGCAAGCGUAAAUGAAGCAAGCCCUUCUGCAAACAUGCAAAUAUUUCCCCCAAAUCAAGGAAACAAUGCAAGAGGUUAUCAAACUCUUGAGACCCCAAUAGAAGGACCUGAACAACAGCCACCAAACAACUGGAAGGGCUUCUUUAACGUCUACUCAUAUACCCAGUACUUCGACGUGGACACAGACGUUGUUUUGAACAGAUUGAUGAGCUCGUUAUAUCCGACUAGUGGAGAUUUUUUCAACAAGAUUGAUGCAAAUCCUGAUUUGUAUGGACUUGUCUGGAUCUGCACUACGCUUGUGUUUGUGUUUGCUUCUCUCGGAAAUUGUGCCACGUAUCUCGUGAAGAAACGAACCGACAGUAAUGCUCGUUGGGACUUUGAUGUGAACUACAUAAAUUUGGCAGCAUCUAUAAUCUAUGGCUAUGCAAUAAUUGUGCCUCUGGCAUUUUACUUCUCACUCCGUUACAUGGGGUCCAAAGCUGAUCUUUUGAGAUUCUGGUGCCUCUGGGGAUACUCUCUCUUCAUUUUCGUUCCAGCCUCUCUUCCAUUGCUUAUUCCAGUAGAGUUUCUGAGAUGGGUGAUUAUACUCUUAGCUGGUAGCGCAUCGUCGUGCUUUGUUGCCCUGAAUCUACGGUCUUACCUCGAGACAAACAAUGAUCUGACGGUUGUAAUGGCUGCAGCGUUUGGUCUGCAAAUGAUUCUUUCUAUCUUCAUCAAGGUCUGGUUCUUUCCUUGAUAUCCAUUCCACGCAAAAAAAAGACAUAUAUAUGUAAAAACCUUUAGAUUUUGAUGUGCUAUGGUAAGAAGUAAGAAUGUCACUAGUGACUGAAACCCACGAAGUAAAAGAAGAAGGAACAUAUACACUGAAUCAUUCGGAUUCGUUUUACAGGCUUAGUUUCAUGGUUGCUUGUAAUGUAACGAUUUGUUUUUGUUUGGUGAGUUGGGUUGUUCUGGGAUUGUUUUUCUUGUUUGUUUGUUAUCACGUUUUGCUUGUGAAGUAAGAAAAAAUAAAGGAAAAAAAAGGAAGAAAAUUCUUAA